CUAUGAUCCGAAGAGCCUCGGCAUUCCCCAGUGUGAUCAAAGACAUGGGACACGGCGGAUAUAAAAUAAACCAUCCCACUCGUAACUCUCUUCCUCUGGUUUCUGGUUUUUCCUUGUUUUCAAUUUCUCCUGUUCCUUCUUCAUCUCCUUAUACUCUUACGUUGAUCCUUUUAAUCUGUUAUUUUGAACCUCCUUCUACAAUAUACUCACCAUGUCUCAAGCAUCACAACGUCUCUCACAGGUCACUUCGCACCUUUCCGGCAAGGGCGGAGUCUCGACUAUCACCUCUAAGCACCCGGAUGAUAUUGUCGUGACCUGCGCCCUUCGAACUGCCAUCACCAAGGGUGGCAGGGGUGGCUUCAAGGACACUCCCGCAUCCGACCUCCUGGCCGGUGUAUUCAAGUCCUUAAUUGAGAAAUCCAAGAUUGACCCUUCUCUGGUCGAAGAUAUUGCCGUUGGCUCUGUCUUGCCUCCAGGAGGAGGAGCUACUGAGUUCCGUGCUGCCGCUCUGGUUGCCGGGUUCCCCGAAACAGCUGCUGUCAAGGCUCUUAACAGACAAUGCUCGAGCGGGCUCCAGGCCAUUAUUGAUAUUGCAAAUGCCAUCAAAUGCGGCAUGAUUGAUGUUGGCAUUGGCGCUGGUGUCGAGAGCAUGUCUCAACAAUAUGGCCCCGGUGCCGUCUCCGAAUUCUCCGAAUUGCUCGAAAGCCAUGAAGAAGCCGCCAACUGCAAAGUGCCCAUGGGUGUCCUCUCCGAACAAAUGGCGAAGGACCGCAACAUCACCCGCGUCGAGCAGGACGCUUUCGCCGCCACCUCCUACCAAAAGGCCAUCAAGGCUCAGGAGGCCGGCCUCUUCGAUGAAGAAAUCGCCCCACAGACAGUCAAAUUCGUCGACCCAAAGACAGAGAAGGAAUCCACCAUCACCGUCUCCCGUGACGAUGGCGUGCGCGCCGGCAUCACUGCCGAAUCGCUCUCCAAGAUCCGCCCCGCAUUCGCAAAGGACGGCAGCAUCCACGCUGGUAACUCGUCACAGAUCUCCGACGGCGCUGCUGCCGUCUUGCUCAUGAAGCGCUCCACCGCAGAGCGUCUGGGUCAGAAGAUCAUCGGCAAGUACGUCACUGCCAGCGUCGUCGGCGUCAAGCCACUCCUCAUGGGCAUUGGACCGUGGGCAGCCAUCCCCGUUGCGCUAGAGAAGGCGGGUUUGUCCAAGGACGACGUCGAUAUUUAUGAGAUUAACGAGGCGUUUGCGUCGCAGUGUGUGUGGUGCGUGAAGGAGUUGGGAUUGCCCCUGGAGAAGAUUAAUCCCAAGGGCGGUGCUAUUGCCUUUGGACACCCGCUUGGCUGCACGGGCUCUAGACAGGUCAGCACGCUCCUGACGGAACUGAGGAGAACGGGGAAGAAGAUUGGUGUCACUAGCAUGUGUGUUGGUACUGGAAUGGGUAUGGCCGCUGUCUGGGUUGCGGAGUAAGUUUUGCUGGUUAUAGAUAACGAUUUUAAAAAGGGGGAAUUCGUUGGCUAGCGCCUAGCGGUCAUGCGGGUUCUUCCAAUGCAUUCCAGGUACCUUUUUCUUAUGUUCAUUUUCCUAGAGAUGGUUAGAGCCAAAUUGCUCAUCAUUGCUCAUUCAUGUUCUUCCUUUUCACUCUCGCACUUUCUGUUAUACAGCUAUUCUUAUGGGUUGAUGUAUGAGUAUAUACAGUUAUUUAUUUAUUCAUUUAUAUAUUUUUCAAUUUUCGGUUUAUUUAGAAUUUGAAGACCAUCAUAGUAAGAUGGAAUGAUCCAGACUAUGCCUACAUCCUACUAAGGAACUACAAUACUAAUAGACUGGCCGCCGGGACCAUGGACAUGUUUGAUCUCAUGUCUGGUCCCAUACAAUUCUUGGGUGUGAAUCUCAUCGGGACUGACCUACACUUAAAAUUCGAAAAGUGACCACUUUUCAAAGCACAGAAUGGGACCAUGGCUAAGUUGUAAUAGGAAAGUGGUCAUAUUAUAUAUCAUUCUGUCCCAUUCUUAGCAUAAAACUACUACUUUAAGAAAUUUUCGGACUUCUUUUUGUACUAUCUAAAAAAAAUUUAAUUAAUA